AUGUAUUGCCGUUGCCUGCACGUGCGCUUGUAUACAUAUGUAUUGCCGCUGCCUUCUACUGACUGUGCCCGUACCCUAGUGGUGAAGGUGGUGCUGUUGGCAUCACCAGGAUUUGUUCGGGAGCAGUUUGCAGAAUUCCUUUUCCUUCGAGCGGUGAAACAAGAUCUGAAAGUUCUUCUGGAGAAUCGAGGCAAAUUUCUUCAGGUUCACAGCUCAUCUGGACACAAGCACUCACUCACAGAGGUACUUACUGAUCCUGCUGUUACCGCACGUCUGUCAGACACAAAGGCUGCUGCAGAGAUAAAAGCCUUGGGAGAUUUCUACAAAAUGUUACAGCAUGAACCAGACCGGGCUUUUUAUGGGUAAGUGUCUCCCCCCUCUC